CCGGAAGUCCCGGAGCCGCCGCUGGGAGCCGCUGCGACCCGGUGAGGAAAUGGCGAUGGUCCAAGAUGAUGAAGCCCAGGGUCCCGCCCAGGCCGUGGAGCCAGGGGAGCUGGAGCAGUUAGUGUUGGAGGUGGAGGCCAUGCUGGAGCUGAAAAUUGACUUUCCCACGGACGAGCAUGUGAACCGAGCACCACCUCCACCUGAGCCCAAGGUUGAAGCAGAACCCCAGCCUGAACCUGUGCCAGAACCGGUUAAGGCGGAAGCUCCGCUGCCUCCUCCUCCCCCUCCUCCUCCCCCUCCCCCUAAGAAGACGGAGGCAGUGCGGGAGUUGACCGUUGGAAUCAAUGGAUUCGGACGCAUCGGCCGCCUGGUGCUGCGCGCAUGCAUGGAAAAGGGCGUCAAGGUGGUCGCGGUGAAUGAUCCGUUCAUUGACCCAGAAUACAUGGUGUACAUGUUCAAGUAUGACUCCACCCACGGCCGGUACACGGGGAGCGUGGAGUACAAGAACGGACGGCUGGUCGUGGACAACCAUGAGAUCAGCGUCUACCAGUGCAAGGAGCCCAAAGAAAUCCCCUGGAAGGCUGUCGGAAGCCCCUACGUGGUGGAGUCUACAGGGGUGUACCUCUCCCUAGAGGCUGCUUCGGCUCACAUCACAGCAGGGGCUCAGCGUGUGGUCAUCUCUGCGCCCUCACCAGAUGCACCCAUGUUCGUCAUGGGCGUCAACGAGAUCAAGUACAACCCCGGCUCCAUGAACAUUGUCAGCAACGCAUCCUGCACCACCAACUGCCUGGCCCCCCUCGCCAAGGUCAUCCACGAGCGAUUUGGCAUCGUGGAAGGGCUCAUGACCACCAUCCAUUCCUACACGGCCACCCAGAAGACGGUGGACGGGCCGUCCAAGAAGGCCUGGCGGGAUGGACGAGGCGCCCAUCAGAACAUCAUCCCGGCCUCCACCGGCGCUGCCAGUGCUGUGGGCAAAGUGAUCCCAGAGCUCAAAGGGAAGCUCACAGGAAUGGCAUUCCGCGUGCCGACCCCAGACGUGUCUGUUGUGGACCUGACUUGCCGCCUGGCCCAGCCUACCCCUUAUUCAGCCAUCAAGGAUGCUGUAAAAGCAGCCGCCAAGGGGCCCAUGGCUGGCAUCCUUGCCUACACAGAGGAUGAGGUCGUCUCCACGGACUUCCUCGGCGACGCCCACUCGUCCAUCUUCGAUGCCAAGGCAGGCAUUUCGCUCAACGACAACUUCGUGAAACUCAUCUCCUGGUACGACAACGAGUACGGCUACAGUCACCGCGUGGUCGACCUCCUCUGCUACAUGUUCAGCCGGGACAGCUGAAGCGGGCGGGCCCCCGUCGGCUUCCCGGCGCUCCGGGACAGGCACUCGCACCUGCCGCUUCCGCGCUCCGCUCCCCGGGGGAGGAGGGCCCGGCGCGGGGCCUCGCACCGCCGGGUCGACGGUGCAAUAAACACCACAGUGCUCA